GGGGGCUGCAGGUCUGGAUCCCCAAUACAGCCUUCCAAUGUGGGCAGAGCUGGGGGGGCUCAUCCCUUAUGGGGGUCAGGGCUGGAUCCUUAUCACGCCUGGAACGAUGCGUGGAGCCGUUCGCACACACACACACACACACACACACACACACACACACACGUGGGAUGGUCCUCGCGUGCCCGAUCCACCCCGGGUUUUCGCAUUGACCGCGGAGCUCCCGGUUGGGGUCCCGAGCUCCGCCGCCGCCGCCGCCCGAAGUUGAAUCCCGGCGGCUCCGCCACUUUCUACCCCGGGACUCGCCGCCCCCGCGGGGUCCCGCUGAGUUCGGUGGGGGCGGACCGAGCUCCGAGCCCGGGGGGGAGCGGGGGGGAGCGAGCGGCAGCGUCCGUCCCGUCCAACCCUGAGCUCCGGGAUCCGCCCCGACGGGGAACGAACCGGGACCGAACCGAACCGAACCGCCGGGAGGAGCGGAGAGCUGAGCACCGCCCGGAGCUGUAGGAUCCAGAUCCACUGUAACCCAACAGGACCUGAGAGCUCCUCCAUGCAAGCAGGAGCCCGGCAAGCACGGAGACACAGAUCCACGUGUGUACAUAUGCUGCUUUUGGGGUAGGGGCACCAUGAGGGGCGUCCCUUGGAGCUGCUCCCCCCACCCAUGUUGCACGGUGUGGGCACAGCACACAGGCCUCAACAGGCGCCGGCCCCUCGUAGAGGAGCGAAUGCGGCCCUAAAGGCCGGGCAGGCCCUGCUGUGCCAUGUUCAACCCCGUCACGCCUCAGGCUCCCGGUUACACCGAGCAUUGCUGCCCGCGGCCGCUGCACGGACCCUCUGCGGGCACAGCGGGGCUGCAAGGACUUGAUUUUCCAGUGUGCCAUCAGCCCAAUCUAACCAGCAGUCAUCAUGGCUAUGGGAUGGUGCCCGGCACUGAGCACCCGGCUGGUGCUGAUGGCUCGCGGUUCUCAACGCCCCGUGGUGCCGGCAAGCUGGGCAAGAAGCGGGCACUGUCCAUCUCACCCCUGUCAGACUCUAGCGUUGACCUGCAGACUGUGAUCCGCACCUCGCCCAACUCCCUCGUUGCCUUCAUCAACUCCCGUUGUGCGUCCGCCAGUGGCUCCUAUGGUCACCUCUCCAUCAGCUCCAUCAGCCCAUCAUUGGGAUACCAGAACCCUGCGGGGCAGCAGAAGGGCCAAGGGCAACUGUUCAGCCACACUCCACCUGUGCCACCUUGUAGCUCCCACGAAACCCUGUCCUCACGCCCAGGGCUCCUGCAUCACACCCCGGCUCGUGGGACCCUCAAACACUGCCAGCAGUUAAAGCUGGAGAGGAGCCUGAGCAGCCCCUUGACGGCCAAAUACCCAGAGGAGAAAUCUGAGGGUGACAUCUCCAGUCCAGCCUCCACCGGCACACAGGACCCUUUGCUGGGGAUGUUGAGCAUUCGGGAGGAUCUGGAGAAGGAGGAUGGGAAACCUGAAUCCGAGACCAUCUAUGAAACAAACUGCUACUGGGAUGGAUGUGCCAAAGAGUUUGACACGCAGGAGCAGCUGGUGCAUCACAUCAACAAUGAGCACAUCCAUGGGGAGAAGAAGGAGUUUGUGUGUCACUGGGCUGCGUGUUCCAGGGAGCAGCGGCCCUUCAAGGCUCAGUACAUGCUGGUGGUUCACAUGCGGCGUCACACGGGGGAGAAGCCUCAUAAGUGCACGUUUGAGGGCUGUAACAAAGCGUAUUCCCGUCUGGAGAACCUCAAGACACACCUACGAUCCCACACGGGGGAGAAACCUUAUGUGUGUGAGCACGAGGGGUGUAACAAAGCCUUCUCCAACGCCUCCGACCGAGCCAAGCAUCAAAACCGCACCCACUCCAAUGAGAAGCCAUAUAUCUGCAAGAUCCCGGGCUGCACCAAACGUUACACGGAUCCCAGCUCCCUUCGUAAGCACGUGAAGACGGUGCACGGCCCCGAUGCCCAUGUCACCAAGAAGCACCGUAGCAGCGUGAUGCCCGGCCAUGCACUGCCUGCCUCUGCUGCACCCCAAGACAUGAAGCAAGAGAAAAACACAAACGGACCCUCUGAGAUCAGGAAGGACGAUGGCAAACUGUUGGUGCCUGACUUGGCCUCGAAGCCGCAGCCCAGCCCUGGGGGGCAGUCGUCGUGCAGCAGUGACCGCUCCCCCCUGGGCAGCACCACCAACAACGACAGCGGAGUGGAGAUGACGGGCAACACGGGGGGCAGCUACGAGGAUCUGUCCACGCUGGAGGACGUGGUGCCUGGGGAGCCCAUGGGAACCUCGGGGCUCAUGGCCCUGCAGAAGCUCGAGAACCUUCGCAUUGAUAAACUGAAGCAGAUGAGGAAACCGGCAGCAAAUAAGAGCCUGAAUCUGCCAGCCAUCCCCGGAGCUGGUCUGCCCGGGGAUGUGGCCGGUCUUUGCGUUCCGUCCCAGCGUCGCAUCCCGGAUCUGUCGGCAUCGGAUCUUCCCGUUGCACCGAGCGAGCGCCGCAGCAGCGCAACCAGCACCGUCAGCUCAGCCUACACCGUCAGCCGCCGCUCCUCCGCCGCAUCCCCGUACCUGCUGGGACCGAACCUGCCCGGCGACGGUGGGACGGUACCGGGUCGUUCUGAUGGCUACGACUGCAUCUCUCCGGAUGAAUUGCGACGUACCAACCCGUGUGGGGCUCUGCCGGGGGUGGGCAGCCUCACUCCAGCUCAACGCUACCGACUCAAAGCCAAAUACGCUGCGGCCACGGGUGGGCCGCCCCCCACCCCACUGCCCAGCGGCCACAGCAGCCAACAUGGGGACUACAUAGAGCAGAGCGUGCCCUCCUUCUUGCUGCGAAGGCACAGCUCAAAUGAGCAUCAUAUGAACAGCCUUCAUCCUCAUUUAGUGCCUGGGAAUGGUGCGAGGAGAGCCAGCGAUCCGGCCCGGACUGCGGCCAACACUCAUUGCGUGCCUAAAGUGCAGCGUUUUAAAAGCAUCGGGAACAUGAAUGGGGCAGCAAUGAGCAGAGCUGCCCUGCAGCCCCUGCAGGCUGCAGAUACCAACAUGCAGCGCCGAGUCUUCUCCCCACACACACCCAGCAUCAGUGAGAACGUUUAUAUGGAGAGCUCCGGACAUGGAACCGAGUCUGGGAUGCUGGAAAUGGAGCCGUUCUUGAAUUACCCCGAGGAAAGCUUCCCCUGCCAAGGAACCAACGUGCAGCUGCAAUGUGGGGGUCUGUAUGGAGGGACACAGAGGACAACGGGGGGGGGGAUGCAGCUGAACCCAGGUGGGCACGGGGAGAUGGAGGAGGGGCUGCUGCAGCCGGACUUUGCCCUCCCGCAGUGUCAGAUGAACCAGCACUUCCCCAACCUGCCCCAUUGGGAGGAGCCCCCCCAUAGCAAUGAGAUGGACAUGAGCUCCGGGCAGCAGCAUCACCCUGCUCCGUACCCAGCUCCCAAUCACUGCGUGCAGCACCACAAAGUGCCGGGCACGUGUCAGGAUGGUGGAUUUAACGAUGGGCGCCGCUUGAACUGCCUGCAGAUCAAAUCGGAGCAGCGUUAUUCAGCUCCCACCCCGGCUCUAACCACAUGUCACGGUGCCAAAGCUACACAACAGCCCCAAUUUGGACGUACCAUGGGGGGGUACCAGGCUGAGGAGCAGACGCACAGCAGCUACGUGGGGAUGCUGAGCCCCCGGGGGAGGAGAGCCCACACCCCCACUUUGCAGGCCAAAGAGGUGAUGGUCCGCAGCUACGUGCAGGCACAGCAGGCGCUGAUGUGGGGGGAGCCCCCCAAAGAGGGGGCGGCCGGCGUGGGGCUGAGCAAUGAAUGUGGGCAGUACCAGGGCACGUACCUCGGCCCCAAAUACUCCGCUUACCAACCCAAAGCCAAUCACCUGCAGGGGCUGCUGGAGAGCCCCCACCUCCUGAGCCCCCCCUGCUUUAACCCUGAUAUGGUGCCACAUCCCCCCAGCGGCGUGAAGCCACCGGGCCACCAAAACAACGUGGGUUAUGGGGGCAACGUGGCCGACCCCAACCCAUCCUACGAGGCAACGGGUGCCAACCCCCAGCGUGGGCUGCGCCUGCCCCCCGUCCACCCUGCCCCACAAGUGCCCAGCGAUGGGCUGCUCUGCUACCAGGCUCAGGUGGGCAAAGGCGGCCACAAGCUUCAGGGUCCCCCUGCUGUGAGCUGCGGGGGUCCCGGCCAUUGCACUGGGAACAUGGGGGGCAACAAAGGCAGCUCUUGUUUCUACCCGGACUCGGGGCAGCAGGCGUUCAACAGCCUGGACUCGCUGGACCUGGAGAACACACACCUGGACUUUGCUGCCAUUGUAGAGGAUGCAGAGACCCCCACGCUGCUGCCUGGCCCCCCCAGCCCCAAUGGGGGUCUCUUAGUGCCAGCGCCCGGCGGAGCCAACAUGGCUGUGGGUGACAUGAGCUCCAUGCUCAGCACUUUGGCCGGGGAGAGUCACUUCCUCAACUCCAUCUCCUGAGUUGGGUUAAUUUGGGGGGGGGUCCUUCAGGGGGGCAAAGUGCCUUUGGGGGCAGGGAUGGGGGUCCCCCACCUAUUACAAGUGUGUGGCCUUUAGGGUGGGGGGGGGGACACCACGCAGCCCCCCUUUGGGUCUGGGGGUGCGACACAGACCUAUAUUGAAACCAAAGAGCUCAGCACCCCCCACCCCUGCAGGCAGCCCCCCAAACCCCCCCCCACAUUUGUUGCCCCCCUCAAUGCCUUUAUCCUCCCCCCCCCCUUAAAGGCCCAUCCCCAUUUCCCAUCAUUUCCAAUGGGAGAUGAGGAGGGGGCGAUGCUCUGCCAUAGGGAUGGGAAUUGGGGGUGGGGGGGGGGUCUCGGUGCCCCCUGUGCCUGUGUAUAUAGUGUACAUACACCCUGUGCCCUAUGGACCCUCACCCUAAACUCUUCUGUUUGCAAAGCAGUGCCCCCCCCACCUCCCCCCCCAUAUUAAACCCUUUCUCAGGGGA